CCGCCAAUUGCUGCAAUCAAACGUAAAACCAAAUGACCUCACUUUCUCUUUGCUCCUUAAAGCCUGUAGAUCGUCGUCGUCUUCUUCUGCUUUGAAUUCACCCAAUCAAAAGAUACAAGCAAAUCAGAUUCAGACCCACUUGAUUUGGAAGCUGCAGAACUUUUGUUUGAGGAAAUGGUUGAGAGAAACGUGGCUUCUUGGAAUACCAUGAUUGGCGCCUAUGGGCAGAAUUGUUAUUUUGAUGACGCUAUGCUUGUCUUCAAACAAAUGCUGGAGGAGAGUGUGGAAGCCAAUUCAGUAACCAUUGUGAGCCUUCUGUCAGCAAAUGCUCAUCCUGAAUCUAUACAUUGUUAUGCAAUCAAAACUGGUGUUGUCAAUGACACUUCUGUGAUUACUACACUUGUUUGUGUUUAUGCAAGGUACAUGAACACAGAAUUUGCCGAGCUGCUUUAUGAGUCAUUUCCCCAGAAGAACUUGGUUUCCCUUACAGCAAUUAUUUCAAGCCAUGCUGAGAAAGGAAAGAUAGAUUUGGUGGUGGGUUGCUUUAAUCAAAUGCAGCAAUUAGAGAUGAAGAUGGAUGCAGUUGCUAUGGUCAGCAUCCUCCAUGGGAUUACACAUCCUGCUCACUUGGGCAUUGGACUCACAUUCCAUGGUUAUGGAUUAAAGAUUGGGUUGAGUGAUAAUAGUUUGGUUGCAAAUGGCCUGAUAAGCAUGUACUCCAACUUUGAUGAUAUAGAAGCUGUUUAUUCUUUGUUUUUUGAGAUGCGUGAGAAAACAUUGAUCAGCUGGAAUUCUGUGAUAUCUGGCUGUGUACAGGCUGGAAGGCCAAGUGACGCCAUGGAGUUGUUCUGUCAAAUGAAGAGGUUUGAUCACAGUCCAGAUGCCAUUACCAUUGCGAGUUUACUUUCAGGUUGUUGCCAACUUGGAUACCUACAAUUUGGGGAGAGACUUCAUACUUACGUCCUAAGAAACAAUCUAGAAGUGGAAGAUUUUGUUGGAACUGCUCUUAUAGACAUGUACACCAAGUGCGGAAGAAUAGAGUGUGCUGAAUGGGUGUUUAAGAGCAUCAAAGAGCCAUGUUUGGCAACAUGGAAUGCGAUAAUCUCAGGCUACAGUUUAUAUGGGCUCGAGCAUAAAGCUCUUGGCUGUUAUUCUGAAAUGCAAGUUCAAGGACUAAACCUGAUAAAAUUACCUUCUUGGGUAUUUUAGCUGCUUGUACUCAUGGGGGUCUUGUUGAUGAAGGGAGAAGAUACUUCCAAAUCAUGAGAGAAGAGCUUGGCAUGGUGCCGGGUUUGCAGCACUAUGCAUGCAUGGUUGGUCUCCUUGCUCGUGCAGGCUUGUUUGAAGAAGCAAUGGAUUGUGUCAAGGAUAUGGAGAUUAAGCCUGAUUCUGCCGUGUGGGGAGCUUUGCUAAGUGCUGCUUGCAUCCAUCAAGAGGUCAGGCUUGGGGAAUGUUUUGCCAAGAAGUUACUUUUCUUGGAUUGCAGCAAUGUUGGGUUUUUUGUGUUAAUGUCAAAUCUUUAUGCUAUGAAAGGGAGGUGGGAUGAUGUAGCAAGGAUGAGGGACAUGAUGAGAGACAAU